CAACGACAUCGAUUGCUCUGCCAGCACUAGAUCCCAUCCGCAACUUUGGAAAUAAAUACAAUAAAUUGAAAAUAAAUAUCAGAAAAGCAGUGCUAAUGUUGCCCGAUUUGAAGUGACGCCGAACGCAAUGAUUUGUCGCUUGUGCUUGAACACAUUAGACGAGCAGAAUGCCGUGCUGCUGUUCGCUGCCGCCGACAACGAGAGCAACGACAACAGCAACAACGACAACAAUUUAACAAUGCCGGAAAACUAUUUGGUUCAAUUGAUAUCGACGCAUUUGUAUCUCUGUCUGUCCCGCGACGAUGCCAUUUCCACGUCCAUUUGCACCGAAUGCUGCGCCCAACUGGAGAGCUUUCAUAACUUUUGGAAGCUAGUAGAGCACAAGCAAACGACGCUUUGCAGUCAGUUCCUCGAGAUCGACUGCGAUGUCAACUGGUCGGAGGAUGUUGGUGGCGAUGUCGAGCUGCAAACAUCAGUCAUCAUGGAUUUCAAGCAGGAGCCAGGCACGGAAGCAGAACCUGAACUUGAUGUCGAUGCAGAUGAGUUCAAGGCGGCGGUAGCUGCAGCGGCGGCCGCGGCUCACAAGUUUCCAUGCAUGUUUUGCGACAAGUCCUUCAAGAUGAGACGCUAUCUGGAGGAGCAUGUGGCAACACACACCGGAGAUCGACCAAUUGCCUGCGCCUAUUGCAACACAGCGUUCCGCUGUCGAUCCAAUAUGUAUACGCAUGUGAAAACUAAACACACGACGCAAUGGCAAAAGGCGCGUGCCGAACGCGAUGCGGCCAAGAUCAGCAGCAGCAACAAUAACAUUCAAGUCCAAAGAAGUGUCAAUGGCGAUGCCGAUAAGUUUGCCGAUUCGGCAAUGCUGGCGACCAAUGAACUGGAUUUGAGCGAAUUACGAAUACCGAUUCCCAAUGCGUCGGCAUCAGCUCUAAUGCCGACAGCGCCAGUCUCAGCAAUGCCAGCCCCCGCUUCACCAUCCCCUGAGUGCAAUCCAGACAACAUUGUCAUUGUGAAAAGCGAACCAAUGGAGGCAAUCAACCUAACAGUGGGUAAGACUUCAUCGCCGCCCGUUAAGCGCUUGACGCGCGCCAGUCGCCGCAAAACGCAUUCACCCAAAAAAGUGCAGCACACGGAGCGCAACCACAGCGCAAGUGAGGACAGCAGCAAUGAUGCAACAACAACAGUUGAUUUGCAUGGGAAACGCCUGAAGACUGAGCAGAUGCAGCAGCAGCAACUGACGACGUGCAAGGAGAACGAAUUGAUGCUGGCCAACUAUAAUGCUGUGGCGGCCGUUGUGGCAGCGCAACAACAACAAAGUCUCAUGCAGCAGCAGGAGCAGCUGCUUAGUGCAAUGGCGGCCGUUAACAGCACCAGCAGCACAGCAGUCGCUGCAGCUGCAGUGUUAAGCAUCCAAAGCAGCAUGACAGCCGCUGCUGCAGCAACUGAGCCGUAUACGUGCAACAUUUGUGGCCAGUGUCUGCGCAAUCAGCGGGCACUCAACAAUCACCUACACAAUAAGCACAGCGGCACGCCGACGUCCAGCGCAAUUCUGGAGCUGCCCAUUUGCGGCAGCUGUGGCGAGCUGUCCGGUCGCAAUCAUCGCUGUCUCAGCAAAGCCAAAUACGCCUGCGAUGUGUGCGGUAAAUCAUUCAAAAUGAAGCGAUACCUGGAGGAGCACUUUGCCACGCAUACGGGCGUCAAGUUGCACACCUGCGCGUUUUGUCCCACGGAAUUUCGUUCCAAAUCGAAUAUGUAUCAUCACACGAAGCGGAAGCACAAACUCGAAUGGGAACAUUCGCGUGCCAGCCGCAAUGCAGCCAAGAUAGCCAGUCAGCAGCAGCAUCAAGUGGACGCGAACGUGAAGGAGCCAUCAGUCAAUGAUACAGCAUCCUAGUGCACGAAUGAAUCUCGUCGUGGAGGAGCAGGCACCAUUAUAUAAUCAAUAGUUCACUUUUUGUAGCCGUACUUAUUACUUAAUGCAAUAUGCGCAUUCUCUAAUUGUAUUUCUGGGCUAAUCGGAGCAGCCCACAUGUUGUACAUAUAUAACUUAUAUACACUACCUACCCCAACUUCUCCUACUCCCCGUUUAUGCCUUACCCAUUUAGAUGUAAAGCACCGCUUAAUCUCCUUUUUCUCCCUUUCUUUCUCUUUCUCUCUCUAGCUCACACACAUAAGCACUCUCUUUGCUAGUUUGAUUUAAAAUUCUGAGUAAUCUUAUACACAUUUUUGCCUAAUUUAAUUAAUUUAUUGGUUUUU